CGUUUCCCUUCAGUUAGUCUCACAGAGAAAACGUCACUUCCGCUCUAGAAGGCUUUUCAAAUUACAACCAGAAUGUGAAAGUUGAAACUUCUUCAGUUGAAAGAUGGCGUCGCUUCCUGGAAUCCGGGCUUUCCUCAGAACCCGUCCAUCACUGAGCGGCCAGAGAGCCUUGGGUUCCGUUCGGGUUCUGCUGACGGCAACCGGUCCUCCCAGAGGGUUCUGCAGUGACGCCUCGAAGCUUCCAGUGAACCCGGAGAACCAAUCUCUGCUGCAGAACCUCAGCCGGAUGGGCGUGGACGUCAACAUGGCGCGGCGGCGCCAGCCGGGGGUGCUCCGCAGAGAAUGCACCAACGAAAAGGGCCUCUCUCGCUUCCUGCAAGGGAAAGGCGCCAGCCUCAGGGUCAUCGCCGGCAUCGUCUCCCGCUAUCCCCGCGCCAUCACGCGCUCCGUGGAGCACCUGGAGCAGCGCUGGAAGCUGUGGAGGAACGUCUUCCAGACGGACGCCCAGAUCGUCAGCAUCCUGGAUCGCUCGCCGGAGUCUUUCUUCCGCUCCAGCGACAACGGGAACCUGGAGAAGAACAUCGCUUUUCUGACGUCGCUGGGGCUGAACGGCAAAGACCUCCACCGGAUGCUGAGCACCGCCCCGCGCACCUUCUCCAACAGCGUGGAGCUCAACAAGCAGAUGGUGGAGUUCCUGGAGGACGUCUGCGCAGAGCUGGGUGGGAGCAAUCCAGAGCAGUUUGCAAAGACGGUCAUUUCUAGAAACCUCUACAUUCUCAUCAGAAGCACCAGAAGAGUGCGAGCAAACAUCGACAACCUGAGAGCGUCGCUGCAUCUGAGCGAUUCGGAGCUGCUGGCUCUGCUCCAAGGCCACGGCGCAGACAUCCUGGACCUCUCCAGCGAGUACCUGAAGAAGAACUUCAGGAGUCUUCGGCAGAAGAUGACCUCCCUCGGCUGCAAGGAGGAGGACCUGAAGAAGCUGAUCAUCAGCUAUCCAAUGGUUCUCUACAUCGGCCCAGAAACCUUAAACACAAAGCUGGACUGCCUUCUGAAAGGAGGAAUAACGGUGAGCCAGAUCCUGAAGAAGCCCAAAGUGUUGGACUACAGCACCCAGAACAUCAUGGAGCGGCUGCAGGAGCUGCAGAGGGUCGGCUACGACUUCCACAAAAACGGCAUCAACAUUCUAGACACCAGUCGGAAGCGGUUUGUGGCAAAGAUGGAGAAACUGGCCUCAGAGGAGGGAACGCAGCAGCUGUAGCUCUGUGGAGAACAUCUGGAUGCUUCUGUCCGCGUUCUGGUUCCUUUAGGUUCUCCUUGUUCAUUUUAACAUGUUCAGCUGAUCACUUCAGUCCAAACCUGAUAUUACACAACACAUUUUAAUGCCCCUUUUCUUUAUUCUUUAAAAAAAUUUAUGCUCAUUAUUUAAAUGCUAAAAAAACAGUCUGACAGAUUCCAUUCAAAAUGAUCAAAAAUGUAUUUUUAACUUUACAUUUUGAAGAACUGCUCAUGGAUUGUUGGGAUGCAACGUUUCAAAUAAAUGGCUGUUUAAAAAACGCA